AUGGCUAGCCUAGAACGGAAGGACGCCUUGUUAGAGGUAUUCCGCCUCAUCGAUGUGGGGAAUGACGGAUUCCUGGAUUUCGAUGAAGUUAAGGCGCUGGCCUCCGAUUCCACGACCCAAGGAAAGAUAGAGGAAGCGGUGACGACAAUCUUGAUGCUGGACCUGAAUGGCGACGCGAAGGUUUCGGCAGAAGAGUUCGUAGAGGUGUUCCUGUUCGUGACAUCGGGCAUGGAUGAGCAGGAGUUCGAGCUGUUCGUGGACGACAUGAAGGUGCAUGCAGGCGGCGGCACGUCCCGGGAGAUGAUGCUGAAGCGCGUGUUCAGUGCGUUGGAUCGCGAUCACUCUGGCGUGACAUCGCCCACUUAUGUUUCGCCGUGUACUGCUGGUGUAUGUGGCAGGUUCAUCGAGAUGCAUGAGCUGAAGACGCUGGUUGGUUGCGUGGGCCCGGAGGAUGCCCUUGAGCGCGCCCGCGGCACACUGCGCAUGUUCGACACCGAUGCAGACGAGAAGGUGUCCGUGGAGGAGUUCCUCACCUUUUUCGAUUCGCUGGUGCACGACAUGAGCGACACGGAUUUCAGGGCUUUUGUGAGCCACUUGACUGAGAAGGGAUUCGAGCUGCUGUACGAGGGGAACUACCGGCACCCGCACGGGUGCCGUACAUGGCUGGAGGAAGAAGUGAUGCCGACUCUGAAACAGGGGAUGCUGGAGCUGCUGAAGGAGGUCGAGAAGGAUGUCAUGGAUCUCGCAACGGGCAUUCCCUGGGAAGAGGGUGAGCACAUGCCGCGCGGUUGGCGGCCCUUCUCUCCGCUGCACUGGCUGUCGAACUGGCUUCUGAACGCCGCCACGGGCGGCCGGCCGCGAACCACAGAGCAAGGGGAAGACGGCGAUGACGGCGAGGGGCCGGGGCUGGUGCCGGUUAAGAACCUGGAGGCCAUGUCCCGCGAGGAAAAGGUUGUUUACCUGUUCAACCAGAUUGACGUCAACGGCAGCGGUACCAUUCCUACAAGCCAUCUGGUGUCCAUGGCUGAGCUAAUAUUUGCGGAUGGUGCCGGGGGUAUUCGCGAUGCACGCAACACCGUCAUCGCCCCUGUGCUGGCCGGCAUGGGGUUGCACCCUUUAGAUGGAGUGGUGGAUCUACAGGAGUUUCAGACGGCAAUGGCACAGAUGACGUCUAUGCUGAGUGACAGCGAGUUCGACGAGGCGGCCCGAAUAGUGGCAGCGCAGCGCGACUGGCGGUACUGCCGCACCCGGGCGGACAAGUUCAGAUACCUGUUCCACUCUUUGGACCUUGACCACUCGGGAUCCUUAAACUUUCAGGAGCUCAAGCUGUUGGCCCAGCGGAUGGAUCCGGAUACCAGUGAGGAGACGGUGUCGGCCACCUUGGAGUAUAUGGAUCGAGACAACAGCGAUUCGGUGUCCGUUGAGGAGUUUGUGGAGGCUCUGGGUGUAUUGCUAGGUCAUGUAGAUAGUGAGACAGAGCUGGACGACAUGCCCGCGCCCGCGGCGACCUGGGGCUACGCCCUGGCGGGUGGCCCGGCGUCCGCGGCGGCACGCAUCCGCGAGACGCUGGCGGCCGCCACAGCGGCGGCGCAGCCGUCGGCACAGCCUCCCGUGGUUGCUGCGUAUUGCUCCACAGGCGAGUUGGGCGGCGUGGCGGCGCUGUUGCUCAGCGAGGCGCUAAGGAUUACAGUGUACAACAUGUGUGGCGGCAUUAUCAAUUACUACAACCAGGGCGGCUCCGUUAUUCGGGUCGCCGAUGGCAAACAGGUCUCCGAAAAGAAAAACAUCCUCAUAAUCGGUGCGCAACUCAUUGACAUGAAUCACCCUCGUCACCAAGGCAAAAGGACGCACCGACAAACAGGCAGAAGG